UCAGUAUAAGUCCUCAGUGUCAUAUCAAAAGUACAAGUUGAAAAACUGGACCGAAUUUAAAGGCGACAAACUGGAACGUUUUAAAAAGCUAUAUAUGUCGACUGUAAACAGCGUUAACGUAUUUAAACUGACAUGGGGAGCACUCUUAACAGGAUCAAAUAAAGUUGACAACUUAGAUGAAAUACUUGUUCAGUUAAAAAGUAUAUUUUGCAUCAUGUGGGUUACUGUGGUCAUUAUUGUUGUUUUGGUCAGUUUAAUGUUUAAUCUGGCCAGACGGCCAAAAUCCUUACCUCCUGGUCCGAGGGGCUACCCAAUUAUCGGCAACGUGGGUCUCUUCCAACCCUCAGAGGCAGUGACAGCUCACAGAAGACUAAAGAAGAUUUAUGGAGACAUAUAUUCCUUAAUGUUUUUCUACAAACCUAUGAUAAUUGUCCAUGGAUAUCACCAUAUAAGGGAAAUUCUGGUCAAACACGGCGAUGUGUUUUCAGAGCGGCCCAAAAUUCUUCCUUCAGUUGCUGUGGCUAAAGGAAAAGGAUUGCUUUGGUCCUCUGGUCCAUUGUGGAAGGAACAGCGAACGUUCGCUCUGACUACGAUGCGUAAGUUUGGAUUCGGGAGACGUUGCCUGGAAAGUCAGAUCAUGGAGGAAGUAGACUGUUUAAUGGAUGAACUAGAAAAAUACGGACAGGAGGCUUUUGAUAUACAAAGCAUUCUAAAUUCCUCGGUAUCCAAUGUUAUUUGUUCACUUUUAUUCGGUAAAAGAUUUAAUUACGAGGAUGCAAGAUUCAAGCGAUUAAUUUAUCUGCUCAAUAAAAUAGUCUCUACUUCAAGUACUUCUUCAGUCCAAUUCCUUUUUCCUUGGCUUCGCCAUUUGCAAACAAUAUUUCGAAGUUCUCGCGAAGGAAAGGAACUCUUUAUGGCUCUGAAUACAUUUAUCAAAGAAAUGAUAGAGGAGCACAAACUGAAUUUUGAUGAGAACAACAUUAAAGAUUACAUUGAUGCCUUCCUUCUGGAACAAAAACAAAGAGGGAAUGAAAUUGACACGACAUUUACAGAUGAACAGCUUGUCGUCAGUGUUCGAGAUUUCUUUGCCGCUGGCACUGAGACUACUUCCACAACGUUAAGAUGGGCGCUUCUUUACUUGAUUCAUUAUCCACACUGGCAGAAAAGGCUCCAGAAAGACAUUGACGAGGUCAUUGGUCAAGGUCAACCAAAGAUGGAACACAGGGAACAACUGCCAUUGGUGGAUGCGUUCAUUCUUGAAGUUCAACGCCUGGCAAACAUAGUUCCAAUGAAUUUGCCACAUGCAGCUAAUGAGGAUUUCGUAUACAAUGGACAUCGUUUUGCCAAAGGCGUCAUUGUAUUUUGUGUUUUAGAUUCUGUACUGUCGGAUCCAGAAAAUUUCCCUGAGCCUUCAAAAUUUAAACCAGAGAGGUUUUUAGACGAAAAUGGGAAAUGUCAAGGAGAACAGAAGAAAAAGCUGAUACCUUUUUCAAUCGGACGCAGGGUGUGUUUAGGAGAAUCUCUUGCCAAAAUGGAGCUAUUCUUAUUCUUCACCAGAUUUCUACAAAAGUUCGAGAUAAAACCAGAGAAUCCCGAGUGUUUGCCUUCUCUGGAGGGAACUGUAGGAUUAACCCAUAUGCCAAAAGAGUUUAAAAUAAGACUUCUAAAACGUUAGAAUUUCAGAUUUUAAACGUUAGUAUUUCAGAUUUUUUUUUAUCCUUUAUCCCAACAACAGCAUUAUUAAACGUUUUACAAAAGUACUAAUGCAUUAUAGAUUUUUUUAUACAGUCAAACCUUGUUAUCUCGGAACUCGAUGGGACUGUGACAAAUAUCUGAGAAGUGCUUAGAAGGUUUCGAGAUUAAUCAAGAUAUUGAUGUUUGUUUCCAAAAAACCAAGUUCAAAUAUACCCAAAGAUUUGCCUGGAUGUUAUGAUGUAGAUCUUCAGAUACAGUUGAACUUGGUGUUUAAACCACGUACCUUGUAAAAUUAAAACCAUAGUGUCAA